AUGCCUAAAGCAAACAGUAAGAAGCUGGCCACGGCGCAAGUGUCACUCUCGACAUCUCCCAAGCUGACGACCUCAUUUAUCAACACCGACCCAAUUCUCGGACACAACAUCAGGGUUCUCAUACACGAUUUCCUGGAAGAAGCAAAAGACCCUGACGCGCAGCAAAGAAUCGACUCAACGACCGAGGCCAACUACAUUAGUGGCCCUUACUUCAAUCAAGAACAAGCCAAGCAAGUCAGGGAAGCCAUUGUGGACGUAGAACUUCCGAUCAAUAUCUCUGCACCCACCCGAGACAACCACGAAGUCCGCGAAAAUGAGGAAAGUGAUCUCAGGGCCAGGGUAGACGGGCUGACUGUGGAAGAGGCUAUCGAGACAAUCAUGAAUGGAUUCUUGGAUAAGCGUAGGGCCAGCGGAGACGCUAGGCCUUGCGGACCACACGACCUCGCUCCGGUAUAUGCAGCACUGUUCGGCAUACACAUGCUCGAGCUGCAGUCCCAUCAAUUCUUGAGUCGGCUGAGAAGGAGCGGGGUUUGA